AUGUCCAGCCUGGUGGCACCUGUAGGAGACUUGGCUCUCCUGCAGCAACACCAGGAGGCACCAAUGGCCUCCCUGGAUGCACUGCCAGCUGAGCUGCUGAUCGCCAUCCUUGCCAACCUGCCUGCGGGCGACAGGCUGACCCGCGCCAGCCUGGUGUGCCGGCGGUGGCUCGACGCCUGCCGCAGCCCCGCCCUGCUGCGCUGUGUGCGGGCCAAGGUGGGCUUCGCCACGCAGGAUUCUGUCGAGGUGGAGGGGCAGCUGUGCAGCCUGGAGGCCUGGCUGCAGCGGUAUGCAGCGCUGGUGCAGAGGCUGGAGCUGGCGCUGGACAUUCCCUGGGAUGGCUCCGACUCCCAGCGGCGCAUCGACAGCCUGGUGCAGCGGUGCCUGCUGCUCUGCGGCUCUGCGGGCCGCACCCAGUGCCUGCACGUCGACUGGCACAUGUUCGGCGCCUUUGAGCUGGGAACCGCCUUCCAGCAGCUCACCAGCCUCACCAGCCUGACCAUCCUGCCCCGCAUGGGCAACAGCUACGGCCCGAGGGACCUCGCCCCGCUGGCCAGCCUCUCCAACCUGCGCCACCUCCACCUGGCCAAGCUGAGAGGCCUCAACGUCGACACAAGCAGCCACCUCCUGCUGCCCACUGGGCUGACCAGCCUGAGCCUGGGAUUUUGGGGCAGCAGGGGCAUCCCAGACUUUGGGCUGCCGGCAUUUUCAGGUCUGCACAGCCUGGAGCUGGCUGGCAGCCGCGGGCUGUUGCCCUGGGACUUGCCGGUGCUGCCAGAGGGCGCAUGCGCCAUGCUGGGCAUGCUGCCGCUGCUGCGCCACCUGGCGUUGCAAGGCUUCCGGCGCGUGCCGGUGGCGCAGCUGGGCGACAGCCUGGCAGCGCUGACCGGGCUGCAGCUGCUGCAGCUCAAGAACCUGCGUGGCGAGGAGGAGCUGCCAUCCUCGACCGCACUGUGCCGCGCCCUGGCAGCCUCCACGCAGCUGAAGGGCCUGGUGCUUGCCAGCGCCAGCCAGCUCGCCGACAUGCUCACAGAGCCGCCUGCCGAGCUUCAGCUGCUGGUUCAGCUGCAGAGCCUGCAGAUCACCACGCCGAUGCAGUCCCUGGCAGGGUACGGCCGCGGACUGCCUGCAGGUAGCACGGCGUGGCUGGCAGGCCUGCGGCGGCUGGGCCUGGACUGGCGGACGCUGCAGUGCAGCCAGGGCGUGCUGGAGGAAGCACAGCUGCCGCUGCUGGAGUCCCUGCUCGUCAAGUGUCCCCUCCCAGCGGAGUACGCCAGCAGCGUGGACAUGCAAGCACAUCGCAGCGGCUGGCAGUGGCUCUGGGAGUGGGUGGGCGCCCACCCCGCCCUGCGGUGCGUGCUGUUAGCCAAGUCUGAAGACAGCCAGAAUCGGCCCUGGUCAGAUGCUAUGCGACAAGCCAUACAGCGCAUACGCCAGGCCAACCCGCGGCUGAGGAUUGAGUUAUGCGAGGCCGCGGCGGGCAUGGCGCAGCAGCAGGCGGAGAUGGUGGGGGAGUGCCUGGGCCAGAGCUAA